AUGUUCAUGGCCGACAAGGCGGUCCCAUGGCGAUUUGGGAUUUUAGAGCAUCUACCAGCUCCCAUUCCGACCUGGAACGACGAGCUUGGCUACCACUUACCCAGUCCUCCGGAGCCUCGGCUGGACAUUAACAUUUCCAUUCACACUUUCCCAACCUCGGCAUCAAGACUAGAAUUAGCAAGCAGCCCUAGCUAUAGCCCUGUACAACACAAAAUGACCAGCAAAAUGGUUGAUGGCAAUUUCGCUACUGCAGUGUUACCCAUCAAACUACACCAGUAUUUCAUAGAACUGGGGCUCAUAGGGCUUAUUAAUCAUCAGCCUCCCUUAUUUGACCGUGUUGCUCUUGGACCAGUUCACCGUGGUCAUCAGUCAAAGAAAGGCUCCUCCCCCGACCAUGACGUCAUCGCCCCUGACGUCAUCGCCCCGGCGUCCGCCCCCAGCCAAUCGGGACUUCGCUCCUUUACGUCAUCGCAAACCCGCCCAAUCCGACGCGACUGCGCCCCUUACGUCACCCCUAAGCCACGCCUCCGACUGGCCGUGGCCACGCCCCCUCCGUCCGCCGCGUGCACGCGCCGCGCUCCUCCGCGUAGCACAGGUCUUAGCGCGCCGCGGCGGGGCUCCUCCCCCGCCCCUGACGUCAUCGCCCAGGCCCCGCCGCCAGCCAAUCGGGACUCCGCCCCUUACGUCAUCGCAAGCCCGCCCAAUCCGACGCGACUGCGCCCCUUACGUCACCCACAAAGCCACGCCCCUACAGGCUGUGGCCACGCCCCCUCCGUCCGCCGCGCGCACCCGAGCGUAGCCCGCCACCGCGCCCCCGACCGGCCGUGGCCGCGCCUCCCGCGUGCACGCGCCGCGCUGCUCCGCGUGCCCGCGCCCGCGCGCGUCCCCGAGCGCAGCCCGCCAGAGAAGAUGGCGGCGGCGGCGGCGGCGGCGGCCGCGGCGGGGACGGGCCCCGCGGAGCCCCCCGAGGCCGGCGGGCGCGCGGGCGCGUGCACGGGCGCGGGAGCGAGCGCGGGUCGGGAGCGCGCCGACUGGCGGCGCCGCCAGCUGCGCCGGCUGCCGAGCGCCGAGCCGGUGGACCAGCUGGCCGAGCCGCCGCCGCCCCCUCCCUCCGCCCCCCCCGACCCGCAGCCGGCGGACCAGGCCGCCCCGGGUCGUGACAUGGAGAAUAAAGAAACCCUCAGGGGGUUGCAGAAAAUGGAUGACCGCCCAGAAGAGCGCAUGAUCAGAGAGAAGCUCAAGGCAACGUGUAUGCCCGCCUGGAAGCACGAGUGGCUUGAGAGGAGGAGUAGGAGGGGCCCCGUGGUGGUGAAACCGAUCCCAGUGAAAGCUGAUGGGUCUGAAAUGAACAAAACAGCAUCAGAAUCUCAAACCGACGGGCCCACCAAUACUUCCUCCCCAACCCCAAAAGGAAGGCGCAGCCCUUCUCCCAGUGGCUCAUCCUCGGUUCCGUCCCGAACCAUUAAAUCAGAAUCUCCAGGAGUCAGAAGAAAAAGAGUCUCUCCCGUCCCUUUUCAGAGCGGGCGAAUCACACCUCCUCGAAGAGCUCCCUCUCCAGAUGGCUUCUCCCCGUAUAGCCCGGAGGAAACAAAUCGCAGGGUCAACAAAGUUAUGCGGGCUAGGUUGUACUUGUUGCAACAGAUUGGACCCAAUUCUUUUCUGAUUGGAGGAGACAGCCCUGACAAUAAAUACAGGGUGUUUAUCGGACCUCAGACUUGCAGCUGUGCCCGCGGAACAUUUUGUAUUCACCUACUGUUUGUCAUGCUCCGAGUGUUCCAACUCGAACCUUCAGAUCCAAUGCUGUGGAGAAAGAGCUUAAAGAACUUUGAGGUUGAGAGUUUGUUCCAGAAAUAUCACAGUAGGCGUAGCUCAAGGAUCAAAGCUCCAUCUCGUAACACCAUCCAGAAGUUUGUCUCACGCAUGUCAAAUUCUCAUACGUUGUCAUCAUCUAGUACUUCUACAUCUAGUUCAGAAAACAGUAUGAAGGAUGAAGAGGAACAGAUGUGUCCUAUCUGCCUAUUAGGCAUGCUCGAUGAAGAGAGCCUUACAGUAUGUGAAGAUGGCUGUAGGAACAAGUUACACCACCACUGCAUGUCAAUAUGGGCCGAAGAAUGUAGAAGAAAUAGAGAACCUCUGAUCUGCCCUCUUUGUCGGUCUAAGUGGAGAUCCCAUGAUUUUUAUAGCCAUGAACUGCCUAGCCCCGUGGAGUCUCCGUCCGUCCUCCGGACUGUUCAGCAGCAAACGCUGCAACAGCAGCAGCAGCCCCUGGCUGCGUCACCAAGAAGGAGCCAAGAUAGUAAUUUUAACCUUACUCAUUAUGGAGUUCAGCAGAUCCCUCCUGCCUACAAAGAUUUAGCUGAGCCAUGGAUUCAGGUAUUUGGGAUGGAGCUGGUUGGCUGCUUAUUUUCUCGAAACUGGAAUAUCCGCGAGAUGGCCCUCAGACGUCUGUCCCACGAUGUCAGCGGGGCCCUACUGUUGGCUAAUGGCGAAAGCACUGGAAAUUCUGGCAGCAGCCCAAGUGCCGGAGGAGCUAGUGGGUCAUCUCAGGCUGGUAUCUCAGGAGACGUCGUUGUGGAAUCGUGCUGCAGUGUUCUGUCCAUGGUCUGUGCCGACCCCGUCUACAAAGUGUACGUUGCUGCUUUGAAAACUUUAAGAGCCAUGCUGGUGUAUACUCCUUGCCACAGCCUGGCAGAAAGGAUAAAACUACAGCGACUUCUCAAGCCAGUUGUAGAGACCAUAUUAGUCAAAUGUGCGGAUGCCAAUAGCCGCACAAGUCAACUUUCAGUUUCAACGCUGCUGGAGUUGUGCAAAGGCCAAACUGGAGAGCUAGCAGUCGGUCGAGAAAUACUUAAAUCUGGGUCCAUUGGCAUCAGUGGUGUGGAUUAUGUCUUAAGUUGCAUUCUUGGAAGCCAGACUGAACCAAGCAACUGGCAAGCACUGUUGGGGCGCCUUUGUCUAAUAGACAGAAUGUUAUUGGAAUUUCCUGCUGAAUUUUACCCCCAUAUUGUCAGUGGAGAGGUUUUACAGGCUGACACUGUACUAGACAGGUAUAAAAAGCUGCUGUCCCUCUUGAACUUCGCCUUGCAAUCCAUUGAUAAUUCCCACUCGAUGGUCGGCAAACUCUCCCGCAGGGUGUUUUUGAGUGCUGCAAGAAUGGUGGCCCGAGUGCCCCAGGUGUUCCUUAAAUUGUUAGAAAUGUUGAGCGGAACCAGCUCAACUCAUUACACAAGGAUGCGCCGCCGCCUCAUGGCCAUCGCCGACGAAAUGGAAAUCGCCGAAGCCAUCCAGUUGGGUACGGACGACUCCCCGAGUUGUCGACGGGAUUGCUUCAUGUCACCCUGCGCCCCUGAUCCCUCCCCAGAAGCGCCGGAAAGUAAUUCCCCCGACUACUUGACCCAGCUUGAAAAAACCGGGAAAGGAUUGUGCGAGGCGAAACUCAGCGCCGGUCCCGAGGACGUUUCGGAGACGCUGGCUGGCCUUUCCAUGGGACUCCCGGGGUCGGCGGUGACCACGGAGCAACCAAAGCCGACCCUUCAGGCGAAAGGCAGACCCCUCAGCCAGUGUUUGAACUCCUCGCCUUCUUCAUCGGGUCAUUCCCAGUUGUUAUUCCCAGGCCUGCCCUCCCCUUCGUCGCCUAGUCCAGCCGGCCCUGUGACAGAUCUCUCGAAACACAGACCCCAAGGAUUUGUUCCCUGCAAAAUGCCCUCCGCCUCGCCUCAGACCCAACGGAAAUUUUCUCUCCAGAUCCAGAGGACCUGCUCCGAAAUGAAAGAACUCGAAAAACUCUCCCCGAUCUUUACCCAGGCGAGGCCUGUGCCUUCCGCUCACAUACACAGGCCAAAGCCAUCUCGACCUACACCGGGCGAUGCGAACAGACCGGGGGAGAUCUCAAAAAACAGCAUGACCCUCGAUUUGAAUGACGCCUCGAAGGGUGGCCGGGCUAGCUGCGGCGGCGCCGUCAUUCCAAGCGACGAGACGGUUUUCACACCGGUGGACGACAAGUGCAGGCUGGAUGUCAAUUCGGAACUCAACUCCAGCAUCGAGGACCUGCUCGAGGCCUCCAUGCCCUCGAGCGACGGCACAGUCACUUUCAAGUCCGAAGUCGCGGUCCUGUCUCCUGAGAAAGCCGACAACGACAACACGUACAAGGAUGACGUGAGUCAUAAUCAGAAAUGCAAAGAAAAGAUGGAAGCCGAGGAGGAAGAAGCUCUAGCGAUCGCUAUGGCCAUGUCAGCAUCUCAGGAUGCCCUACCGAUAGUUCCCCAGCUCCAAGUUGAGAAUGGAGAAGAUAUCAUCAUCAUUCAGCAGGAUACCCCAGAGACCCUGCCAGGACACACCAAAGCAAAACAACAUUAUAGAGAAGAUGCAGAGUGGCUUAAAGGUCAGCAGAUAGGACUUGGAGCAUUUUCGUCUUGUUAUCAAGCUCAAGACGUGGGAACUGGAACUUUGAUGGCUGUUAAGCAGGUGACUUAUGUGAGGAACACGUCGUCAGAGCAAGAAGAAGUGGUUGAAGCCCUGAGAGAAGAGAUACGGAUGAUGAGCCACCUGAAUCAUCCUAACAUCAUUAGAAUGUUGGGUGCUACUUGUGAAAAGAGCAAUUACAAUCUCUUCAUAGAGUGGAUGGCAGGAGGAUCAGUAGCCCAUUUGCUGAGUAAAUAUGGAGCCUUCAAGGAAUCAGUAGUUAUUAACUACACAGAACAACUGCUUCGUGGUCUCUCCUACCUCCACGAGAACCAGAUCAUUCAUAGAGAUGUCAAAGGUGCCAAUUUGUUGAUUGACAGCACGGGUCAGAGAUUGAGAAUUGCAGAUUUUGGAGCUGCAGCCAGGUUGGCUUCCAAAGGAACUGGGGCGGGAGAGUUUCAAGGGCAGUUGCUGGGCACCAUUGCAUUUAUGGCCCCGGAGGUGCUAAGAGGCCAGCAGUACGGAAGGAGCUGUGACGUGUGGAGUGUUGGCUGUGCUAUUAUAGAAAUGGCUUGUGCCAAACCACCGUGGAAUGCAGAGAAACACUCCAAUCAUCUGGCUCUGAUCUUUAAGAUUGCUAGCGCGACUACUGCUCCGUCGAUCCCGUCACAUCUUUCUCCCGGCUUACGGGACGUGACUCUUCGGUGUUUAGAGCUUCAACCUCAGGACAGACCUCCUUCGAGAGAGCUACUGAAGCAUCCAGCCUUCCGGACUACUUGGUAGCCAGCUGAAAAGGGCGGCGAACAAAGAAUCGAUGCUACUAAACGCCUAGAGGAAAAACAAAAAUCAACUGUAGCUUGCAGUGCUGGUGAGCACGGCAGCUCGGAUCGUUCUGCUGGCCGAUAAGGCCGGCGGAGGACUCCUACCUAAGUAUGUGAUUGACAAAUCGAGAUCUUAAGCUCAGUAUGCAAAAUUCCAGGACUUGUGCAGGAACUGUAAAACUGUGCCUUUCAAAGAUCUGGCCCCUGGCGAACGAGAAAAAGCAACUUAAGUCUGCACGACUCAAUAGCAGUUGCGUAUUUUGAUUUUGUUUUGGAGCACUUUUUCAGCAAUAUUAGCAGCUGAGGGGCUCAGGAUCUAUUUCAAUAUCGUCAUCAUUCUUCCUCUUUCACAUCAAGCGGUCAUAAAGAAGGGGCUUCUCUGGUUUCAUUCAGAUCUUUUGUCACUGGCUGAAAAGAAAAUCCAUAUCUGCCUCUUUUAGAACAGCGUGUGCUCUGAGAAGUAAAAAUUGCAUGUAUUUUUUUUUUUUCAAUCGAUGAGAGAUCUGGGUUACCUGCCUCAGCCUCGUUUUAAAAGCGACUGGGCAAUAAUGGUUUCAUUGUGCAUUUUACUGUUGGCCCAUUCAUUUCGUGUUUUGGGGUUUUUCUUUUUUGUUUAUAAGGUUAAUAGUUCUGUAUUUUCAUUUGACCAUCGUUUUUAUUUAACAUUCAGGGAUAGAUGGUCUUUUCACACCAGAAAAAAAAAGAAACUUAACCCUGAGCAACAACCAGACAUCUCACUAGAAUUCACAGAAUGUCUUGCUGUGGCCAGGGUUUUUUUAAUGCAGGUGAUUUGAAAUCUGGAAUGCAAUAAGACUACUUUUAUUGAGGCAGGUAUCUGGGGUCUGCUACUGCAGGUUGUUUAAGAAAAAACAGAAUAUCAAGUUGGCUCGGUGUUGCACAGCUUGCAACCAAAAUCGAGGGUUUCUUUUUAAACUGCAUGAGCCUUUUUUUAAAAAAAAAGUCUGUUUCUUUUGGCUAACUAUAGGCAAAGUUUUACCCCCAAAAAACCUUCUCCAGGAAAUAAAACUUCCCCCACAUUCACUGCCGAUCUAAUGUUUUAACUGCUGUCUUCCACCGGUCACCAUUUUUUUUUUUUCUUUUGGUGGGGCAGAGAUCCAGCCGGUGGAUCCUUUACUUGACGUGCUGAAAUUUUUACCUUUUUAUUUAGAAAGGUAAGAAUUUUUCCUUGGACCUAAAAAUUUGUUCAAAUUAGAGUGGAGUGGACUCUCCUUCACUUUUACUUGAGUUCUGCAGUUUUUGAAGGGUUUUACAGCAGGCACAUGGGGAUCCCGACGCUUUGGCUUCCCACGCACGUGAUCCCGAAGGAAAGUGGCAGCUGGUGAGUCUCUCCAACCAAGUACUGAUUCAGCGUCUAAUACCAUUUGAUGAAAUGUUCAAAAACAUUUAACUCUUCAGAAAUCAGGGGAAGUGUGGCAGAGUGAAACAGAAUUGGUUAUUCAAUCUCAAAGACUCAGGACAAAACUUAGAUAAGCUAUAGCGUACAUUGCGAAAUGUAGAGCACCAAUUGGAACAAAAAAAAAACAAGUUACAAGAGAAGUUUACAGAAGCAUAUUGCUUAUAAUAAUACGAAAAGCAGUUUUAUUGGUGAAUGUUGUAUUUCUCCGUGAAAUUUUACAUUCCUUUGAGAAGAUUGGAAAUCUUUGAAGAGUUAAAAGUAUCGAAAUGUGAAGUUUGGUAGCUCUAACUGUAUUGUACUUGAUUUCCUUUUUUUUCUCCUGUUUUUUUUUUCCUUCUUUUUCCCUUUUUUGACUACUUAGAAUUUUCACAAUUCUAAGGAGAUGGUUUCCAGCUCUCUUAUGUGCAAGCUUUAAAGGAUGCACUCUUGCCAUUUUAUGUACUGGAAGAUGAUCAGUUGUCAGAUUAAUACUGUUUCUGACAGAUUUAAACUGUAUAAACUGAUGAACCUCAGCUAAUCAGUAUUACUUUGUAGAUGACCAUGCCUACCACAUUUCGAACUCAGACGGCCUCUAGAUGUUAAAACGCAUUGUUUGAGUUUGUUUGGAUUUCCCUCAGCUUGCUGGUAAUUGUGGUGUAAUUUUUUUUGUUUUGGUUUUUUUUUUUUUAAUGCAGAUGUGAUGUAAUCUUAUUUUCUGUGGAUCAAAGCUGGACUGAAAAUUGUAUUGUGUAAUUAUUUUUGUGUUCUUAAUGUUAUUUGGUACUUUAAGUUGUAAAUAAUGUCUACUGCUGUUUAUUCCAAGUUUCUACUACCUCAGGUGUCCUAUAGAUUUUCUUCUACCAAAGUUCACUUCCACGAUGACAUUCUUUGCUAUGUGAUUAUGAUUCCUUUUAAGGCUUCCAGGGCUCAAGGGCUAACUUCUAGUAGCACCUUACUGUGCAAGCAAAUGUUACAAAAAAAAAAAAAAAAAUCUCUGGGUUAAGAAAAUCUGGCUUAAAUGUAUCCUUUGUUACUUUGAAUAUAUCCAGAUAUUUUAAUUAAAAGUUUUUACCCCCUUGAACCAAUUUUAUAGUAUUUGUACCUAUUUUGGUGUUUUGUCUUUAUAGUAAAUAAAGUUUUUGAACAAAAGUG